AAACCAAAACAUUCCCGCGGCGGGUCGAAUCGCGUUUUUGUGUCCGUAGAAGGAUUCUAUUUAAAACCGGUAAAAAAGUGGUAAUUUCGAUAUAUCUUUACCAUUAAAACUGAAGCAACCAUGCAGGAAGACGACGUGAUCGUCAUCGACGACUCCCCGCAGCGGAAAUCAAUCAGCUGCGAGAAAAUCCCCGAACUCUUUCUGGACAAGCUAACGGCGAAGAAGCACUUUAGCCAGUUUGGCCGGAUCAACCGGUUCAUACUGCGACCGAAGCGAUUCUCCUGCACCGUGGAGUACGAGAGUCAGGCCGCGGCGGAAGCCGCACUAGCCCGGGGCGGACUGUUCCGGGAGGUGCGCUUCGAGAUUUACUGGACGGACGAGCGGGAGGGGGCGGCGGCGGGGAGGGAUGAGGGUCAGACGCUGGAUCCGGAGGUGCAGCAGGAGCUGGAGUCGAUGGGGGGAGGUCCGAACAGUUUGCGGGUGCGGCAGCAGCAGCAGCACCAGCAAAAUAGCAAGUUGUCUAUUGAAUCAUUUCUGAAGAAAACGGAGCGCUUUCCAGCGCCGUCGCUGGUGGCGCCACCAAAACCGAUGCGGCUUCCGCCGGCCAGAUUGCAGCAGCCGGAACCUGACUCGAAGGCCGCCCCCGUUCGGGGGGAAUUUGAAGCGCUGGCGAGGAAGUCGGCAAACACUGCAGAGGAGCGAUAUCGACUGUUGGAGGCCCGGGACAAGUACUUCCGGUUGACGACGGAUCGCACGACGGACAUCCGGAAGGCGCAGAGUACGCAGGGAACCUGUGAGGACAUGUGCCCCGAGAAGGAGCGUUACAUGAGGGAGUUUCAGCUGCAGGUGGCGGCGUACGAGGCGGGUGAGGGAGGUGGUCAGCGGAUGGACCACCGAAAGGCGAUCAAGCAGUAUUCGAGGAGUUCGGCCGAUCAGGAGGCACCGUUGGCGCACGAGUUGCGCUCGGAGAAGGGGCUCGGGCUGGCGAUGGCCUACCUGCUGCACCGGAUUGUGGAUUUGUGCGAGGACGAGGACGUCAGCAUGAGCGAUUGGUUCCACUUUGUGUGGGACCGGACGCGGAGCAUCCGGAAGGACAUUACGCAGCAGGAGUUGUGCUCGCUGAAGGCGGUCCAGCUGGUGGAGCAGUGCGCGAGGUUCCACAUUCACUGUGCGGCGCGGUUGGUCGCGGAGGAACCGUCCGUGUUUGACCAGAAGAUCAACACGGAGAACAUGACCAAGUGUUUGCAGUCGCUGAAGUACAUGUACCAUGAUCUGGGGCUGAAGGGGGUGCGCUGUCCGAAUGAGGCCGAGUUUAGGGCGUACGUCGUGCUGCUGAACCUGAACGAUGGCAACUUCCUGUGGGAGGUCAAGCAGUUGCCGAAGGAGGUCCAACAAUCGUCGGAGAUCCGGUUCGCCAUGCAGGUCUACUUCGCGCUCGAGAACAACAACUACGUGCGCUUCUUCCGGCUGGUUCGCCAGACGACCUACAUGAACGCAUGCAUCCUGCUGCGCUACUUCAACCAGAUCCGGUCCCGUGCCCUCGAGACGAUCCUGCGCGCGUACACCCACCGCACUCCGGCCCAGUUCUCGCUGCGCCACCUCACCGCACUGCUCGCGUUCGAAGACGACGAAGCGGCCGCGUCCUUCCUCGACUGUUACGGCCUGCCGGUGGACGUCGAACUUGGGACCGCCCUGAUGGACGCCAAGCAGUACGAGCGGCCGGAGAUUCCGUACCAGCUGGAGCGUGCCUUUGAGUUGGUUGAGAGCAAACGGCGGUGCAGCGUUGGUGAAGCCAUUGCCGGGGGUGAGCUUGAGCGGGAAUGCGUGCUCGAUUCGCACGUCCUCGAGGACAGUUUUGACGAGGACGGAUUUCUGAAGGAGCGCAUCCUGCGGGACAUCCUGAAGCACACCAAGCUGCACCUUGAGUCCAGUCCGGUCGCGCAAAGCGACGAUGACAAGGUCUUUAAGGUCCCGUCCCCGACGACGAUCUCGCCGAAGCCACUCUUCCCGAAACCGACCGCGAUCCGACCGAAGAUCGAAACCACAAGUCCGCUUCCCCCGAACGCGAAAUCCAUCAUGUCCCGAUCGAGUCCGUCGCCAACCCUGUCCGGAAUCACGCCGCUGGAACCGACGCCAGAACCCUCCGUUCCGGCCUUCAACCUGUUCGGCUCGAUCCCGUUCGUGAAGCCGCCGGAGCCGGACCAGGAACAACUGCUCCGGAAGAAGCAGCAGCUCGAAGAGCAGGAGCAACUCCGCCGGAAGCGGCAGCAGCUGGAGGAGGAGGAGAAAGCUCGCCGGAAGCGGCAAGCGGACGAGGAGCGGCUGCGGCAGGAGUUGAUCGCGCGGAAGGAGGCUGAGGUGAGGCGGUUGAAGCAGCUCGAGGAGGAGGGGAGAAGGGAGUUGGAGGCGACGGUGAACAAGAUGUGCGAGCGGAUUUGCGGGGAGCUGCUGGAUGAGGUUUGUGGGGAGGAGGUGAGGGAGGCGGGUGGGGAGGCUCACUAUCGGCAUCAGCUGCUGGAGAAGUUGCCGCAGAAGGUGGGGGAGGAGUUGCUGGGGGAGGUCGUGCGGGAGAUGUUGGAGGAGACGGUGAGGGAGGAGGCGUUGGUGAAGAACUGCCAGGAGAACAGGCAGGUUAAUACGAUGCGCAAGUUCUUCCGGGUUUGGAGGAGGAAUGUGCUGAUGGUGGUGAAUAAUCGGGCGCAGAUUGAGAACAGUCCGGCGUGGCUGCCGGAGCGAACGCUGGCCGAGCAGGCCCGGGAGUUGUUCCAGCAGCAUCAGCGCGUUUGUCUUUCGAAUAUGAAGCGUUACGUGGGGGGACGCGUUGAUCCGGUGAAGGUACCGGAGAGGAAGGAGGUCAAGAUUGACGUUUUUGAAGUUAUGCGGGGUGGGAUCUCGGUCAAGAAUCGCCGCGAUCCUCGCGGCUUCAUCAAGAAUCACCUCUACUGGAAGCUGACCAUCUCGAUCCCGUUCAAGCAGGAGGAAGACGCGGCCGGGUUCUACUUCUACAUCAACAAGUGGCUCAAUGGCGUGUUCAGGCGAUCGGUUGAUCCCGAAAGCUCCAAGUACUUCUUCCUUGAAGCGCAGGAAUCGACGACGGCGCGCGAGCGCCACGUAGUCUGCAUGCGUCUACUAAAGGGUGCCUCAAUCCUGGACGAACUGAACGCCAAAGACCCGUCCGCGCAGGACAACUCCGACGGCGUGAUCUUCUUCGUAACCUCGGGAAACCUCUCCAAAUCCCGCGAUCGCCUCCACAACCUUCUUCAGAACGUCGCCUCCUGGGGACCGGUCCCGCUCACCGUGAUCGCCUACAACUGCCACCUGGAAGCGGACGAAACCAUCGAAGAUCUCCUCGACGUCGAUCAACUUCUGGAAGACGGCAAGAUCAGCGACUGCGAAGUCUUCCAACACUUUGAAUCCAAACGAAUCCCCCUCCGGGAAACCCUCGCCAAAUCCCUGACCUUCCUCGCCUCCAACUACAACUCCGACUCCCCCCUCGUCAUGGAGUCCCAAACCGCCUUCAUCAGCACCUGCCUCGGCGAAGAACUGUGGCACCGGUUCCGCCUUUCCACCGAGCAAAACCCCAAACUACGCGACGCCUGCACCGAUCCCAACUUUGUCCUCCAACAGCUCUACAACCAGGCGAUCGAUCGCGUCUCGAACCUGGUCCAGCACAACCUCGCCGUCUACGCCGACUUCCCGGCCGAGUUCAAGCCCUUCGUCUCCAAACCCCGCUACCACGACAUCCCGCUGGACAUCGAACACUUCCCCAAGGACUGGCGCGACGCGCAGCGUCACCAAAAACUCGUCACCUUCUUCAACCAGCUCAAACUCAAACCACUCACCCUAAACAACCCCAAAACCCUCCCCGACCUUCAAUCCCACCUCCUAACCUACAUCAAAUCCGUCCUCCCAGCACCACAAAAUGACAAGAUCGCUCGACGCCUACUUGCCCUGACAACGCAACAAAUUCUCCUAAACAAUCCGCAAUCCCUCCCCACCCUAAACUGGCUCUCCCCCCUCUCAACCCUCGCCACCGAGCUGCUCCGCCUCCGCUGGAGCUCAUCCCUGACGCACCUCCCGUGCGAGGUCAUCUACCACCGGGCGGAGUACGCCAGCUUCACGCGCACCCUCUGGUGGCUCCCCGAGCUGCGCAAACUCAAACGAAGUUCCACCUCAAUGGAAGACGCCGUUGACGCGGUGGAAGUUCCGCAGUCGAAAAAGAUGCGACUCAAUUUGAGUCUCGGAAAAGAUGAUUUGGACGAGAUAUUGGAACGGGGUAGGCGGUGUCUGGAGAUGGCCGACCGGAAGUUGGUGCAGUGCAGGGAGUUUACGCAGCAGUCGAGGGCGUUGACGGGUGGGUUGGAUGGGGAGUUGUACGAGCAGGAGAAGAGUGUGAGGAAGGAUCGGUGGACGUGGGAGGCGAGUUUUAGGUAAAAGAGUUUGUUUGAACGAGGAAUAAAAUGGACACGUUGGUUUUUUCUUUUGGAAAA